GCCGAGGGGAGCGUCGCGAGCAGAUGCCGCGGGGGCCGCUCGCAGCAGCCGCCGACUUGUGAAUGGGACCCGGACACGGGCCGGGGCUGACACCGCUGCGCUCGCCUUGCGCCAGGGACCGACGGCCGGCAUCCCGCGCCCACCCUCCGGGGCCCCAGAAAUCGCUGCGUAUUCGGCUCAGAGGUCUCCUGACGAUCCUUCCGGUUGCCAUUUGUUGAAUGACCAAUCAGAUGGGUGGAGUUUUGUGUUACAGAAACUGGCAGCAAGUAUCCAAUGGGUGAAGAAGAAGCCGACCGGGGACGUGGGCAGCCCUGACGUGAUGUGCUCGGCGAGGAGAGACCUUCCAGCCCAAGCGAGGUCUGCGUGACGCGUCUGGGGAGGCCGCCAUCCGCCAGGCAGCCGCACGGUCAGCGGACGGGGUGACAGCCGCAUUCUCCUGUGCCUACCACGUAACCAAAAAUGAAGGAGAACUACUGUUUACAAGCCGCCCUGGUGUGCCUGGGCAUGCUGUGCCACAGCCAGGCCUUCACCACGGACCGGAGGAGCCACCUGCGACCCUCGUUCCACGGGCACCACGAGAAGGGCAAGGAGGGCCAGGUGCUGCAGCGCUCCAAGAGGGGUUGGGUCUGGAACCAGUUCUUCGUGAUAGAGGAAUACACGGGACCCGACCCUGUGCUCGUGGGCAGGCUUCACUCCGAUAUUGACUCUGGUGAUGGGAACAUUAAAUACAUUCUCUCAGGUGAAGGAGCCGGAACCAUUUUUGUGAUUGAUGACAAAUCAGGGAACAUUCAUGCCACCAAGACAUUGGACCGAGAGGAGAGAGCCCAGUACACGCUGAUGGCUCAGGCGGUGGACAGGGACACCAACCGGCCCCUGGAGCCACCGUCGGAAUUCAUUGUCAAGGUCCAGGACAUUAAUGACAACCCUCCUGAGUUCUUACAUGAGACCUAUCACGCCAACGUGCCCGAGAGGUCCAACGUGGGAACGUCAGUGAUCCAGGUGACAGCUUCAGACGCAGAUGACCCCACCUAUGGAAACAGUGCCAAGUUAGUGUACAGCAUCCUGGAAGGACAACCCUACUUUUCAGUAGAAGCACAGACAGGUAUCAUCAGAACCGCCCUUCCCAACAUGGAUAGGGAAGCCAAGGAGGAGUACCAUGUGGUGAUCCAGGCCAAGGACAUGGGUGGACACAUGGGUGGACUCUCAGGGACAACCAAAGUGACGAUCACACUGACCGACGUCAAUGACAACCCACCAAAGUUUCCGCAAAGCGUAUACCAGAUGUCUGUGUCAGAAGCAGCUGUCCCAGGGGAGGAAGUGGGAAGAGUGAAGGCUAAAGAUCCAGACAUUGGAGAAAAUGGCUUAGUCACGUACAAUAUUGUUGAUGGAGAUGGGAUGGAAUUGUUUGAAAUCACAACGGACUAUGAAACACAGGAGGGCGUGGUGAAACUGAAAAAGCCUGUAGAUUUUGAAACCAAAAGAGCAUACAGCUUGAAGGUAGAGGCAGCCAACGUGCACAUUGACCCGAAGUUCAUCAGCAAUGGGCCUUUCAAGGACACCGUGACAGUCAAGAUUGCAGUAGAAGAUGCUGACGAGCCCCCUAUGUUCUUGGCCCCAAGUUAUAUCCACGAAGUCCAAGAAAAUGCAGCCCCUGGCACUGUGGUGGGGAGAGUGCAUGCCAAAGACCCUGAUGCUGCCAAUAGCCCAAUAAGGUAUUCAAUCGAUCGUCAUACUGACCUGGACAGGUUUUUCACUAUUAAUCCAGAGGAUGGUUUUAUUAAAACUACGAAACCUUUGGAUAGAGAAGAAACUGCCUGGCUCAACAUAUCAGUUUUUGCAGCAGAAAUCCACAACCGGCAUCAGGAAGCCAAAGUCCCUGUGGCCAUUAGGGUCCUUGACGUUAAUGACAAUGCUCCCAAGUUUGCUGCCCCCUAUGAAGGCUUCAUCUGUGAGAGUGACCAGACCAAGCCACAUUCCAACCAGCCAAUUGUUACAAUUAGUGCAGAUGACAAGGAUGACACAGCCAAUGGACCAAGAUUUAUCUUCAGUCUACCCCCUGAAAUCAUUCACAAUCCAAAUUUCACAGUCAGAGACAACAGAGAUAAUACCGCGGGGGUGUAUGCCCGGCGCGGAGGGUUCAGUCGGCAGAAGCAGGAUUUGUACCUCCUGCCCAUCGUGAUCAGUGACGGCGGGAUCCCUCCCAUGAGCAGCACCAACACCCUCACCAUCAAAGUCUGUGGGUGUGACGUGAACGGGGCGCUGCUGUCCUGCAACGCAGAAGCCUACAUCCUGAACGCCGGGCUGAGCACCGGGGCGCUGAUCGCCAUCCUUGCCUGCAUCGUCAUUCUCCUGGUUAUUGUAGUGUUGUUCGUGACCCUGAGAAGACAAAAGAAAGAACCACUCAUUGUCUUCGAGGAAGAAGAUGUCCGUGAGAACAUCAUCACCUAUGAUGAUGAGGGCGGUGGGGAAGAAGACACAGAAGCCUUUGAUAUCGCCACCCUCCAGAACCCCGACGGUAUCAAUGGAUUUAUCCCUCGCAAAGACAUCAAACCUGAGUAUCAGUACAUGCCUAGACCUGGGCUCCGGCCAGCGCCCAACAGCGUGGAUGUGGAUGACUUCAUCAACACGAGAAUACAGGAGGCGGAUAAUGACCCAACUGCCCCUCCGUAUGACUCCAUCCAAAUCUAUGGUUACGAAGGCAGGGGAUCCGUGGCUGGGUCCCUGAGCUCCCUAGAGUCGGCUACCACAGAUUCAGACUUGGACUAUGACUACCUACAGAACUGGGGCCCUCGGUUUAAGAAACUAGCGGACUUGUACGGUUCCAAAGACACUUUUGAUGACGACUCUUAACAAUAACGAUACAAAUUUGGCCUUAAGAACUGUGUCUGGCGUUCUGAGGAAUCUAGAAGAUAUGUAAACAGGUAUUUUUUUAAAUCAAGGAAAGGCUCAUUUAAAACAAGCAAAGUUUUACAGAGAGGAUACAUUUAAUAAAACUGCAAGGACAUCAAAGUGGUAAAUACUGUGAAGUACCUUUUCUCACAAAAAGGCAAAUAUUGAAGUUGUUUAUCAACUUGGCUAGAGAAAAACCACUUGGCAUACAAAAUAUUUAAGAGAAGGGGAAGUCUUAACGGUGAACUCACAAUGAAGGGAAAUUGUUUAUGUGUCAUGAACAUUGAACUCUUUUUUUUCUUUUUGUUUUUAAUCUGUCAAAGAUGCUUCCACAAAAUUAGAAAGGACAACAGUUCUGAGCUGUAAUUUCGCCUUAAACUAUGGACACUCUAUAUGUAGUGCAUUUUUAAACUUGAAAUAUAUAAUAUUCAGCCAGCUUAAACCCAUACAAUGUAUGUACAAUACAAUGUACAAUUAUGUCUCUUGAGCAUCAAUCUUGUUACUGCUGAUUCUUGUAAAUCUUUUUGCUUCUACUUUCAUCUUAAACUAAUAUGUGCCAGAUAUAACUGUCUUGUUUCAGUGAGAGGCGCCCUAUUUCUAUGUCAUUUUUAAUGUAUCUAUUUGUACAAUUUUAAAGUUCUUAUUUUAGUAUACAUACGAAUAUCAGUAUUCUGACAUGUAAGAAAUGUUACGGCAUCACACUUAUAUUUUAUGAACAUUGUACUGUUGCUUUAAUAUGAGCUUCAAUAUAAGAAGCAACCUUUGAAAUAAAAAGAUUCUUUUUUAA